AUGGCAGCUGCUAUCCUGAAGCAUGCAGAUGCGUCGAAACGUGUCAGCUACAAGAAAGCGGACGAGACUGUGCGACUGGUGAACGAGAAGCUGCUGAGAUGGAAAGAGGAGGCAGAGAUCCUGCAGCAGGAGGCUCGGGAAGAUGAAAUGGCCCGGCAGGCAGCUUUGCGCAUGGGCGCGCCGCGGCCUUCGCCUGUAGAGGUGGAGCGUCAACAUGCCGACAUGGCCCGGCAGCGACAGGACAUGGAGAGGCAGCGGAUGCAGGCAAUUCAGUGGGGCCGGCACCUAGUCCAGCCGAUUCCCCAGAUGCAGUUCCUGCCUCCGAAAUCAGCAGCCGCCAAAGCCUAUGCGGCACGGGAAGAGUCUGCCAGAUCGGCCGCACCGUCGGAAGAGACGUGGUCGCGGGUGCCGCCCCCCGGCAGCGACGUGCCACCCUCUCCCGGUGACAAACCGGCCUGGGCGCCACAGCCGCCAGGUCCACCACCGUGA